UGAGGACGUCUGUUUUGGUGAACUUGGAGUGAUAUAAAAACAGAGCUUAUUUUUCGUAGGCUGGGCUAAAAAAAAACAUGAUCAUUUAAACUCCAGUUUGAGACAGGAUCUACAGGAUGAGGCUGCGAGGGAUUGUCUCUCUUUUUAUACUGGUGGUUAGCCUCAUCUUAGUCUGGGUCUUCUUUGUUGAUAAGACGUAUCUCUGGGAUCUUCAGGAGAAUGAAAAACAUCGGUUGCAGCGCAAAGAGCUUCCUCGAUCAGACUGUGAUCCUCCAGUUCUGUUUCAGUCUCACCCAGGCUGCUGUCCUCAGAAAGUCUGCGCUGUAGAUCACUACCCUUUCUUUAUCCGCAGUGGAGUAGCCAACGUGGUGGGACCAAAGAUCUGCUUCAACAACUCCAUUAUAAUGGGAGGGAUAAUGAAUAAUAUCGGACAGGGUCUGAACAUUGUGGUGGUGAAGGGUGAAACUGGAGAGAUAUUGAAGAGCAACUACUUCAACGCCCACACCGGGGAAUUACUUGAGUUUCUAAAGUCAAUACAGGCUGGAAAUAUAGUUUGUGUGGCUUCAUAUGAAGAUCCGGCAGAAGUGUUGACUGAUGAAAUCAGGGAGAUUUUUAUCAGGUUAGGAAGCACAAUGAGCCGCUCGGUGAAGAGGCGGGACACCUGGGUGUUUGUCGGAGCUGAAGGGAUAAUUAAGGAAAGUCCUUUUGAGAAGCUCUCCGCUAAUGAUGAGAAGAGCAACGUGUAUGGAGGCUGGCCAGAGAUGAGGGAGGUGGGUGGCUGCUUUCCCAGAAAGAUCUGACUGACACUAAAUGAGCAUGUUCUGCAGCAGCCAACGGGAUCGUUAGAAACACGGAGCUUUUCAAACGUGGGAUUUAGAAGCUUUGAAGUUUGGAAGUGCUGCAAAGUGUUCACAUAUGGAAGCCUGCAUGUGACGGCCAUGUACUGCCCACAGCCUGCGCAUCCUGCUGACAGAGUCACAGUACCACAUCAAAUGUUCACCAUCUUUCAGAAAUAAAUUGAUAAAAAAGUAUGGUAUUAUUGUUACUUUAUGAGACAAUGUUAUAGAUUUUAAUUAACAAGUCUUUUCUUACACUCUUUCUACAUUCUGUCUCUCGUGUCUGUUUGUGUGCUCUUUUUAUUGAAUUCCGUCUAUUUCUCUUUAACUGUUGCAAUCCAUGUCUGCAGUUGAAAGAAAUAAUUAUUUUAAUUAUUUAAACAUAUUAAAAAUGGUUAAAAUUUAUGUUUUUUAAUAGUUUAUGCAUUUUAAUUAUUCAUUGAACAGUUUUCCAUCUGACUUCAUAUUAUUAUAUAUUUCUCAAAUUAUCUCCAUUCUUAUCUUAGGUAAAGCAUAAGCUGUCCACCCUGUCAUGGUAAAAUUUCAAGGCAAUUAAAAUAUAUUGAGAGGAUCAAAAUAUAUUUAUAUGUAUUUGAUGUGUAUUUCUCAUUCCCUUAUUUCCACUUAUUUCAUAUAUGAAUUAUGCGUUUAUAAAAGCUAAUACAUGGCUUACUUUGAUCAAAAGCAAUAUAACCUUUUAUUAUUUUUUUCAUUAAAAGCAUUUAAAGGCACCGUGAGUCUUGGCCACUUUUGGGAAGAAUGUAUAGCUGUCUGCAUAGCUGUGUACACAAACACAUAGUGAAGGCACAACACACUCUCUCUUACUCUGUUUUCUCUCUCUCAGUUUCAAUUAAAGGGCCCUAUUGUAGAAAUCUAUAGGCAUGCUGUCAACCGUGCACCAAUGCAGCUUGAUUUAGGGCGUGUCAGUGUUUUCUUGCUAUCGUAAUGACUGGAAAAGUAUGCCUUGCGCCCUUUGUUCUUAUUCUCUUAAUUAAUCACAGGUGUGUUUUUGUGUAAAAUAAAAUAAACCAAUCAGUGUG